AUGCAGCAUCUUCGUGCCAUUCAUGACACGGAAAACAGCAAGCGUGGCGGAGUAGACGAAGAAGAUGACACCGAAGCGGUAUGGAUCCCUUCAGCUGUACAACCCAAAGACCGAGCACCUGGCUUUUCUCUCAAGGAGGACGAUGCCGGCAAGACCAGCGCGUCGUCGAGCAAGCCAACCAUCGCGAAUCAACACAAUCUGCUCCUGCCAUCAUCCGUAUUUGCAGCGGACGAGAUCUCGCUUGCGCAGGCGUAUGAAGAACCUGCACCGCAAGGACUCCAGCCUGAUAUGGACCCGCACUUGCGACAAACGCUGGAAGCACUGGACGACGAUGCCUUUGUUGACGACAAGCUCGAAGACGAUUUUUUCACGGAUCUUGUGCAGGACGGAGUUUGGUCUGGAGAGCGAACGGCCGGUGAUGAAUGGCGUGAUCAAGCGCCGGAAGGUGAUGAUAUAUGGCUGGACCCACUGGAGCGAGCAAAGAAAGAACGAGACGCUGUGGGCGGCGACGAGUCGGCCUUGAGUCUGGAAGCACGUGUGGCGUUGUUCAAGGAGCAACAGAAAAAGCUAGCAGCUUCCCAAGGCGAUAGUGACGACGCUCACGAAGACGAAGAUGCAGCUGCUGAUGAGGAGGAUCGCGAUACGCUGGGUGAAUUAGGCCCUUCUGCGGCAGCAAGACGCUCUGGCCGUCGAACAGGAUCGGUGUCUUCGACAGGCUCGGCACUGGGAAAAAAGGGCAAGCCUGGUGUGCUGGCACGGCGUGCAGCGUCGAUGCGUGAAGGAAGUGUUGGUGGUGCAUCGACCGCAUGGACUAUGACGUCGUCCUCCAUGUUCCGGAAUGAAGGACUCACCGAUUUGGACUCGCAGUUUGAUCAAGUCAUUCGCAGUUACGGUGGGCGAGCGACAGGGGACCCUGCGCUGGAUGCACUGACCGGCGCGUUUACGGAUGUACACGACGGUGAGGCUGACAUGGACGAUCCAGAGGCGGACGAACUUGACCAUGAGACAGCUGAGAAACUCACGCGGCAAGAUCUCGACCACAUUCUCGACGAUUUUCUAGAUCAUCAGGAAGUCAUUGGAGGCAAGCUUCGACCGACACUGGGCGACCGAACAACGACAGCGGAUGAGAAGCUCGAGCUGGUACGCAAAGCUUUGGGGCAUGCACAUAUUCGCGAGGGCGUCGAUGAUGAGAACGAGGACGAAGAGGAUUCACAUGCUGCGCAGUCUGCCCAGGAAAAUCCGUUCCUCAACCCCGAUAUCAUUGGUCGUGAUCGAGAGCAGUGGGACGUCGAAACGAUCCAAACAACCAAGACGAAUCUGGAAAACCAUCCCCGGACGAUCCGUGCAUCAGACAGUGUUCGUGGCAGUGUGACCGACCGAUCAGCUGCGCCGCGAACCGUGUCGAUGUCCAGCGCUAUCGGUGGCCACGACGACCGCCGGAUUCCCAAAAUCCGCCUCCACCCACGAACAGGUAUGCCGCAAGUCGUCGGCUACACAUCAGCACGCAAGCCACCCAAGUGUGAGCGCAACGAAGCACUUGGAUCUGCGCGUGCAUCAUCGCCCGACAGUGACAGCAAUGGUGAUGGUGAUGGUGAUGGUGAUGAUGAUGAUGAUGAUGAUGAUGAUGACGAAAGCGAGAGCGCUGACAAUGACGUUGGUACAAAGCCUCUACAUGCAGGAGCCUCGCAGCCUCGGGGCCAGAUCCACAGGCGGGACCGCAACGAAAGUGCGGAGGAACGCCGGCAGCGCAAGAAAGCCGUCAAGCAGGAAAAGCAGCAGCGCAAACAAGCCAAGUCUGCUGCGAAAAAGGCAUUUGCCGCCGAGCGGAAGCGCCAGACUCACGCGACGAAUCGCCAGGCAGAGUCACGCGGCGGCGUCGCCGGGAUGCAUCUAGCAUGA